GGAGGGAUUGGCAGAAACUCAGGAAUUUGGAGAGAGGGAGAAAAAGAGAGAGCGAGAGAUAGAAAUAGUGGGAGCUGGAACACACAGGGUGGGACUUGGUCACUAGACGUGAGAAGUUAGAGAGUGUAAGACCGUGUGAGAAAAGGGGGAAAGGAGAAAGAGACUACUCCUGGCAGAGAGUGAGAGAAGGAGGGGAGAGGAAGUGGAUGAGGGAGACAUUUAGUGCAGGAGAGAAGAGCGAAGAAGAGGGGGAGUGUCGCGUAAGGAGAGAAGAGAAAGAAAGUCAACUGCCUGCACUCAUUCAUCAUACAGAACUAGGAUGUAUAUCUUCUUACUACUCUGUGCCCUCCUGGUUCCCAGCAUACAACAAGAAAAUGAAGAGGCGAAUAUCUUCACGGAAUGUACAGAUGGAUACGAGUGGGACGCAGAAAGGCAGCAUUGUAAAGACAUUAAUGAGUGUUUGACCAUUCCUGAUGCCUGCAAGGGUGAAAUGAAAUGUAUCAACCAUUAUGGAGGCUACUUGUGCCUCCCCCGAUCUGCCUCUGUGAUCAGCGACACCAAUACUGACCCCGGGACCGCUGGAGCACCGAACGCAGGGCCUGGAGUUGAGCAACAAAACAACCCAUGUCCAAAUGGUUACCAGCCAGACACUCAAGGAUUGGGCACCUGUGUAGAUAUAAAUGAGUGCGAAUAUGAAACGGACGACUGUCUUCCCAGCCAAGAGUGCGUAAACAUACCGGGCGGAUUCCAUUGUAAGUGCCCAGAUGGCUACAGGAAGAUUGGAAAUGAAUGUGUAGAUAUUGACGAAUGCCGGUACAGAUACUGUCAGCAUCGCUGCGUUAACUCUCCGGGAUCUUUCACCUGUCAGUGUGAACCGGGAUUCCAGUUGGCCUCCAACAACCGAUCGUGCGUAGAUGUCAAUGAGUGCUCUAUGGGUGCACCAUGCCAACAGCGCUGCUAUAACACCUAUGGUACCUUCCUCUGUCGCUGUAACCAGGGCUACGAGUUGGACAACGACAGGUAUACCUGCAAUGACAUCGAUGAGUGCAGUUACUCCAGCUAUUUGUGCCAGUAUCAAUGUGUGAAUGAACCCGGGCGCUUCUCCUGCAUCUGUCCAGAUGGAUACCAGUUGUUGGGCACCCGUCAGUGUCAAGAUAUCAAUGAAUGUGAGACAGGAACGGACACCUGCACAGACCAACAAAGUUGUGUCAACUUCAAUGGAGGUUACCGCUGUGUGGAGAAGAACCUUUGUAUUGAGCCCUAUGUACAAGUGUCUGACAACCGCUGCAUGUGCCCAGGCAGCAACCCGCUAUGCCGUGACGAGCCGGGCUCCAUUGUGUAUCGGUACAUGAGCAUCACAUCGGACCGGAGCGUCCCCUCUGAGAUAUUCCAGAUCCAGGCAACCAGUGUGUAUCCUGGGGCCUACAAUACCUUCCAGAUCCGUUCAGGAAACGAACAGGGCGACUUCUACAUUAGGCAAAUAAACAAUAUCAGUGCGAUGCUGGUCCUGGCCCGUCCCGUCACAGGUCCCCAGGAGUUUGUUCUGGAUCUGGAAAUGCUGACCUCCAACUCCCUCCUCAGCUACCGCUCCAGCUCUGUGCUGAGACUCACCGUGUUUGUGGGGCCACAUCCCUUCUAGGCAAUAAGGGCCAUUGUCCUAUUAACACCUUUUUUUAUGUCAAGUCCUUUUCAUUCAUUGGUAUUUUAAUUUUUUGUAUUAAAGUCAAUCUUUGUUUCGAAAGAGACUGUGUAUUUCAGUGCAAGAGAGUGUCGCAAGUCUCUGGCACUGAAAAGGUGAAUUAAAUCCUUGUCCGAAAUAUAGGAUAGUAUCAAAGAACAGGGGCCAGGCUCUCUGUGUAACAUAGUGAGACUACCUGACUACAUGGGCCAAAUGUUAAAGGGGUACUCCUCUGGAAAAUAUUCUUUUAGUAAAUCACCUGGUGCCAGAAAGUUAAAAACAGAUUUGUAAAUUACUUCUAUGUUGCACAGAAAGUUCUUUUCUUUUUUGAAUUUUCUUUCUGUCUGACCACAGUUCUCUCUGCUGACACCUCUGUCCAUGUCAGGAACUGUGCAGAUUAGAAGCAAAUCCCCAUAGAAAACCUGUCCUGCUCUGGACAGUUCCUAAAAUGAACAGAGGUGUCAGCAGAGAGCACUGUGGUCAGACAGAAAGGAAAUUCAAAAAGGAAGGAACUUCCUCUGCGACAUAUAGCAGCUGAUAAGUACUGGAAGGAUUAAAAGGGGUAUUCCAGGCAAAAACUUUUUUAUAUAUCUAUCUAUCUAUCUAUCAACUGGCUCCGGAAAAG